UGCCCUGUGAAGGGAAGAGAGCCUGAUCCAUGUUGGGAAACAGUAGCAGUAACAGGGAUGCCAAUAGUACGGACUGCAGAUUGGCCUUUGCUGGAGUGGUCUGCCAGCUCCUCUUCAUGGUCCUCCUGAUCAUUGCCAUCACUCUUGGAAACCUGGUGAGUCUCCUGGUUUUCUUCUGUGUAAGGCCAUUCCGGACAGCCCAAAGCUACCUAAAAGCCUCUUUGGCGCUUGCUGAUUUGGCGGUGGGGCUCAUUGUAGUCCCUUACUCAGUUUAUCAGGAGACGAACACGUUGGCCUAUGGCGGGGCGGAGCAAGAAGAGAGUCCAGCUGGCUGGUCGGUCUGUUGGAUCACCGGCCCUAUCUUUGCAGGCUGCACCUUCGUCUCCAUCAGCACCAUAUUUCUGCUUUCGCUGGAGAGGACCAUCACUGUGCUGAAGCCCUUGCACAGGAAAGCCGUGAUUACCAAGCGCAGGAUCACUUGGCUCAUUCUUGGAUCCUGGAUCCUGAGCUUCUCCUUGGCAGUGAUCCCUCUGCUCUCGGUUCCCAAUAUCACCUUUGAGUACAAUCCCUGCAGCAAGAUGUGCAACUAUGGCUUUCCUCUGAACAAGUUGCCCGAGUCCAAUUGGAACGUCAUGCUCCUGUACCCAAUAUUUGACUUUGCCCUCUUAGGGGGCACUUUUGUUGUCAACGCCAUCACCUUUGCCACCCUCCGGCAGUACCGCAAAAUGAGGAAGCAACUGAGGGAAGAGCCACAGGGAACCCACAGGCUCUCUCACUCAGAUGUCACGGCUGCCAGGACCAUUGGCAUCCUGACCUUUGCAUUCUCUGUGUCUUUCGUUCCAAUUGCUGUAUUUGUUGUGGGCGCUGUGGUGGGAUAUGAAUGGUGCCAAUUCUCCUUCUAUGCUUUCUGGAUCCUUGCUUCCAACAGCUGUUGGAAUGUGGCUAUCUACAGUGUUUGGGACCCCAAAUUCCGGCAAGGGAUGCGGGAAAUGUUCUGCAAGCAAAAGCUGAGAGCUGAUUCCCAGCAGUAUUCCAGCCACUCACCGGAGAGGCACUGUUCUGCCCCUGCUUGUGUGAUUGUCCUCAAGGAUAUGCUCCGUCCAGAGUCCAACUAGUGGCAGAAUUGGUACCUGCUGUUUUUAAAGAGAUGACUGCUUUUUUGCUUCAGAGCAGUCUGGGCAUUUUAGCUGGAGAUUCUGGAUUUUUCAAUAACUAUUUUCCUCUUCAGCUGUUGCAGCUUAAUGGAAUGCCUCCCCCCCUCCCUCCCUAAAGUAUGUACUUUCUUAGUGCCAGAUUUUUCUUUCCAUUCAUUGGAUUGGAGCCUCUUGACUUUUGUAUAGCAAAUGUAGAACGAAUUUAUGGGGAUGCCUUUCAGAAUGUUGGAAGCACAUUGCACUUUUAAAAACCACUGCUAGAUACAUAUCUUAAUACAGAGCAGCUAUUUAUUAGUGACUCCUAGUCCGUAUAAAAAUAUCCCAGUUCAAUGGUCGGAUGCUGCCGGGGUAACAACUGGUUCGCUAAUCAUUGCGCGCACUUGAACAGCUUUCAAAAUUAUUUACCUUCAAUGUUACUUCUGGGAAGUAACGCAGCUGAGGCGUGGCAAUCCACUGCCAUGCAAAUCAGCUGAGCAGAUAUAGGUGAGUCCAACGCAGGGGCGGUUGGGCAGGCCCACAUGAUCAUCUGAGAAAACCACUUCAGAGCCAACUGAUCAUCAGAGUUAGGGGUUCGCCCAAACCAGUCCGAACUGGCAGAAUCCCACACCUGUCCCAGUUUUGAUUUACAGGAAGGAAAUAAAGAAGAGAAAGAGAGAAAGAAAGAAAAAGAAGAAACUUUACAAUACAUCACAUAAUGAAUGAAUCUCUAGGCAUGAUGAGGGAUGAAAUAAUAUGUACUUUGCGUUUUAUUUUGCAAAACUAAUCCUAUGUAACAUAUUAUAUUGUCCAGUUGAAAAACAAUGACCUUUCAGUUAUAGUUAACCUCAAAUAUGGUUAUAAUACUCAUUAUAUAUUCUACAGCAU